CAUCAAAAACCUUUUAAUGGUAGAGAUCUUCUAAACAAAACAAUAAAAACUUUUUUGGGACGUUCCUGACUGAUUUCUCUCGGAGAUCCCAGGCCAUGCCGCCCUGGGUGGUGAGCCACAUCACUGGUAUUAAAAUCUGUUCAUAUUUUGUAAAUAAUUUGUGUUUUUUCUUCUGGAAACUGAAAUAUGAAAAUAUCACCAGCUUAAAGUAAAACAAUUUGAGAUUACAUGUUGUGAAUUGGCACAUAGAAUCUCAUGGGGAUGCAUUUACAGUUGUAACCUGAAAAUGUUUAUGUUUUCAUGGCACUUGGCUUUAAUAAACUUUUACCAAACUGUGUUUAAGGUAGACAUUUAAGCUAAAAAACUACAAGUGGGAUUCAGAGAUACUGCAGGCUUUCUGAGCUUUUCUCAUAAGAGCAGAAUUACCUGUAAUUGAAGCCGCUCCGUUCUGUGAUCAUCUGUUCCUUUCUGUGAAUGAAUAUUACUAUAAGGCGGAAGAAGGAUGCUACUUGUAAAGUGGAUAUAAUGCGUUCCUAGAUAUGUGCUAGACAAGCCAUGAGGCCAUUAUUGUCUUGGUGAGACGCUCUGAAUGAUAAUUAAAUAUGCCACUUCUGCUUCACUGAUUCAUUUCCUUCACAGUUUCUGAGCUCAGAUGAACACAUUUUUCAGCGCAGAAUGGUUUUAUUGUAUCCAGUUUGGCCUCAUUACGAGGCCACAAGGGCUUGUUGUGGGGGGAGGGCAGAGGCCGAGUGGAGGGAGGGUGGUGGGGGGGCGCACCCCAUGAAGACAUUGUGCUUAACAUCACUAAAUACUUCAGACGCCACGUUGUUCUCCAUCAGUUAGGUUAUUUUUAAGCAGCCAGGAAUCUUUCUGAGAUCCUAAUGAGAGGCGCAGCCAUCCUGCAGGGUCAUAAAGACUCAUUGGUUAACAAGGCGUCUCUUCACUGUCUCUCUGAGAAUCCUUGAUCUUCUUGGGUUUUUCUCUGCUGCUGAUCACUGUCUGUGCUGGACGGCAUCCAGGCGGCGAGCCUCCUCACCCCUCGCCCUGCCCUGCCGCCGGGCCUCGUGGAUCUCCGGUCAGAGGAACGCCUCCUCGGUGGCUGUGACAGGGGGAAUUAGGCGAGAGAUGCGGGCCCACUUGCCCUGCCUGCGUAGGGGCUUAUCUCGGUCUAAGCUGAGGGACUAAUAGCAAAGCCUGCCUUCGCUCCAGCCGCUCUGAGGGCACAGGGAGCCAUCUGUCCACUCUGUGGAUCACUGAAAAACAAAGGGACCAAACACCGAACUCGGACUUCAAACUAAAAGGCCAUUCAUCCCAAAGAUACCAGAACCAAAGAAGACGAGUAGGAAUUUCUCCCACUCCAAGGUCAGUUUGGUCAAGAGCCGGCCCUGAUGGCUGCAGGUUGCUCAGAUGGCUGUUAAUGGUAAGGCUGAAGCUUAGCCAGAGAGAAACUUGAAGGUAUUGCUUCUGCACAUCUAAUGGGCGCCAGACAAAGCGAGGCUUUGUUUUAACGCGCUACCCCUGACUCCUAUUAGGCUGAGAUAUUUUCAGCUUCGGCUUGUUUUUCACUCCUCUCCUGGGUUUUUCUCUUAAACUCUUCACUUCAAACAGCCCAGGAUUGUUUGAAUUUAGACCUAAAGCCAAACUUCUGAUGUAUCUCCGUUGUUAUAACCUUCAUGCUGAGUUCUGUAUCGCCUCAUGAUAUGUGGAGGCUCACAAAACGCUAUAAAUAGUCGCCACUCCAGAUAGUCACGCUGUAAUCUCUCUCAUGCGUUGUUUGAACAUUUUUAAUGUGAUAAUUGUCACAUUUUAUUAAAUAUAAAGUGUGCUUUUGUUGAUCUGAAGACCCCUUUAAAACAAAGUGGAAUACAGUAUGUAAUAAAGCGUAACUCAUCACAAUUGUAUCACAUUGUUCAAAAUUAGACAUUCCUUGGUUUACCCUUAGAUUUUGAAUUCAUAGUCUAACAAAAUCCCUCCAGUAAUCCACUUAGACAUUGUUCCCCAUUUCCCUCCAGGAUUAAGGCCCUGUGUGUGUGGGUGUGUGGGUGUGUGUGUGUGAGUGUGUGUUUUAAUUGUCUGAGGCAUACUUCUGUCUGUCAGCAUUCACAGAGCAGAGUUUCCUCACAGGUGAUCUCUUUUUUUAUCGUGUAAACUCUUCAGUUGCCGUUGUGCAUCGGGGUUUUGUUCAGAAGUCUUGACUUGCUGGGGAUGACAGAAAUAGGUCAAAAGGGUCUUAGCAUUAACUAAACAAAUCUUGGGCCUGCAGGAUUAGAGCGAGACGCCGCUGUUUGUUUGAUGUAGUCAUUGUACCAAUACACAGAGACGGGAACGCUGUGGAUGUUUGCUGAAAGAUGUCCGUCUCUCUUUUAUUUUUUUUGUGUGUGUUUGAUCAGAUGGUUGAGAUUCGUGCAGCUUCAUCGGUUGGGAUUGUUUCAUUUCCUGAUCCCGUUAAUUUACUGCAUUAUUUGGGUCAGUUGAUCCUGACACAUUUCAUGAUGAUUAUCACUAACUGGAUUGUGCCGUUGGUGGUCUGACUGACUCAGUUUUCGGUUAUGUGUUAAAUAGUGAGGUUUCUCUAAGGUAGGAUUUAUGGAGGAGUUUGAAUUAGAAGCUGUAAAUUACACAACCAAGAAAAAGUAAACAGCAUCUAUUGAAAUACAUACAGCGGAAACCCGAAGUUUACAUACAACAAAUUAAAAGACACAGAGAUUUUUUUGUCUCUGUCUGUAAACCAGACCAAACUUCUCUUGUUUUAGGUCAGUUAGAAUCACCAAAUUUAUUUCUGUUUGCUAAAAGUGUAUGAUGAGAGAAUAAAUAUAUCAGAUUUAUUGAUUUAUAUCUUGGAAACCAGAAAUUUGCAUACAUUUCCUCUGUAUUUGGCCUUUGAAUUGCAUGACUUGGGUCAAACCUUUUGGUUUUCCUUUGUCAACCUUCUCAAUAGUUUGCUGCAGUUCUGGUUCCAGAUCUGGUGAAAGUGUGCAGGCUGCCUCAAUCACACACACUUUUUAAAUGUUCCCACAACUUCUCCAUAUUAUUAAGAUCAGAGUUUUAUGAUGGCCACACCAAACACUGACUUUGUUGUCCUUAAGUCACUUUGUAUCCACUUUAGCUUCUGAGGCUCAUUGUCCAUUUUCCAGACUAGUUUGUGCCAAAGCUUUUACUUCUUUGCAGGUUUCUUUAGAUGUUGCUUCAAUAUUUUCAUAAAAUGUUGUUUUCUCGUAAUGCCACCUAUUUUAUGAUGUGUAUGAGCAAAACUGCCCCGCAACAUUAUGCUGCCACUGCCAUACUUCACAGUUAGGAUUAUGAUCCAAGCUCCCAAUUUUUCCUCCAAAUGUAAUGAUGGUCAUUAUGACCAAACAGUUGCACAUCAGUUUCAUCGGACCAAACAAAACACGACUCCAGACAUAAAGAUCCUUGGUUGGAUUUCUAGUUGGAUCCUCUCAGACCAUUUUUCUUCAACAUCCCAACACAUAAAACAUAGAGCGCACCUUCCAUUUUCAUGGAAUGUAAGCAAAAAUGGAGUGGUGACAUAUUUGAGCAUUUGAAGGAUUUCUCUUUCGUCUUUGAUAAAACACCAUGAGUCAUUUCUCCCACUAGUCCUAGACUAGCAUGUUUGUUUUGGUUGCAUUUACCCAGAAUGCCCUGUUCUAUAGUCCACUUCCUACUUUUGGACCGGGCUCCGGUCCACUUGGCGUUCACAUAAGCAUUCAAACUGCAUCAGAGUUCAUUUCAACCGAGCCGAGACUGAGUUUUGUGGACAGACAGAGUUAGCUUCUUUGGUUUGCAUCAGAGUUUGAUUGGCAUUCACAUCUUCCCAAACGAACCAGACUUUCCAGACACAGCAACUAGAAUUCAAUGAAAGUGGACUAAACAGUGCUGAAUAUCUGACUUGACAAUAGCUUUCAGAUGUUUUGUUGUAUAUACAUUAAUUCCCUGCAGAAGAACGAUUCAGUGGAAGAUUUAAAAGCCAUGUAUUAAUAUACGGUUUAUGUCCAGGAUGGCAGAGCAACAUCAAAACAUGCUUUAACCGGAUUACCAGCAGUGAAGCCCCGCCCAUUACUCCAGUUCUGCUGGAUAUGUAAACCACACAUCCCUGAUUUUGUCUGAGUAUUCACCACAAAGAUCUGAAGUCACUGAGGAUGUCCGACAAGGAAGAGAUGACCUUGGACGGCGGCCUGAACGUCACGCUAACGCUGAGGCUGCUGAUGCAUGGAAAGGAAGUGGGCAGCAUCAUUGGAAAGAAAGGAGAAACAGUGAAGAAGAUGAGGGAAGAGAGCGGCGCUCGCAUCAACAUAUCAGAGGGUUCGUCUCCUGAGAGGAUAGUGACCAUCACUGGACCCACAGAGGGAAUCUUCAGGGCUUUCUCCAUGAUCGCACAGAAGUUUGAAGAGGAUAUCACCGCAGCCAUGACAAACAGCAACGUGACAAGCAAGCCACCUGUGACACUUCGUCUGGUUUUCCCAGGGAGCCAGUGUGGCUCGCUCAUCGGCAAGGGAGGCUCCAAGAUCAAAGAGAUCAGGGAGACCACAGGCGCUCAGGUUCAGGUGGCAGGAGACAUGCUGCCGGACUCCACAGAGAGGGCCGUCACAAUCUCCGGCACUCCACAGGCCAUCACUCAGUGUGUGAGGCACAUCUGCUCCGUCAUGCUGGAGUCUCCACCGAAAGGAGCAACUAUUCCUUACCGUCCCAAGGUCCUUCCUGCCGGAGCUCACGCUGUGUUGGCCCCGCAGCACUCUGCACAAGCGUUUGCAAUUCCAGGACAGUAUGCAUUUGCACAUCAAGAUUUGACCAAGCUUCACCAGUUGGCUAUGCAGCAUAUCCCCCUCCCUUCCCUUGGGCAGAGCAACCCUACCUUUCCUGGAUUGGAUGUUUCUGCACCCACGAGUACACAGGAGCUGGCAAUUCCUAAUGAUUUUAUUGGCUGCAUAAUUGGAAGACAAGGCAGCAAGAUCAAUGAGAUUCGCCAGGUCUCUGGAGCGCACAUCAAAAUUGCCAGCGCCACUGAUGGCUCAGCCAUGCGCCAAGUCACGAUCAGCGGCUCGCCGGCCAGCAUCGGCGUGGCCCAGUACCUCAUCAACGCCAGCUUAGAGAUGGCUAAAUACACCAUGCAGGUCGCGUCCUCUGCGACCCCCAUUGACCUCAACAUGAGCUUCUCUCAAACGGUCCCCACCGCCUCCAGCGCCGCCACCUCCAUGGCCGUCCUGGCCGCCUCCACCCCGACCCCCUCCACCCUGCCGGCCAUCCAGAGCCCCCACUACGCCCUGCCCGUUUCCAGCCUGCUGGGGAUGAAGACGCUCCCCGUCCUGACCGUCCAUCCGGCAGCAGCUUCCAGCCUAACUCAGGGUUUGACCCCGUAUACUGCAAAAAUGUCGACAUCUGGUGCAAAAAAAUCUGACCGGCAAAAGUUUUCUCCUUAUUGAUGCCGCCUCGUUAAAUCUACAGGGCCAGUCAGAAGUUUACAUACACUUUCUUUUUUUUUUUUUAAGAGUUGGGUUAUGCUUUCAGAUAUGUACACAAACCACAGCUGAUGUUUGGUUAAAUCCACCAACAACCUUCUGGGUUCAUUCAAUUGGCACAGAAACAUUUAAACUAAUGCGGUGAAUUGAUUAAAACAAAAUGUAAUCAGAUUAAUCACUUAUGCUUAACUUUGCAAACUUGAAACAUAAAUAUGCAGGAAUGUUGCCCAUCCUUCUGCCGCACCACAACCACUUAAAAUGCAAACAAUGAUCAGAUUUCUUUUGUUUUUGCAACAGAAAACAGGUAAUGUGGUCGUCCACUACUCAGCAGCAACUAAAGAAAAUUUACUCCACAACACGCAAACAAGUAGGAGCAACUUGUUCCUGAGACAAAGUCCAAUAUCUCUUGUACUACUGUGUGUAAUGUCAUUGCAUUACUGGGUGAACUUUUGUAAUGAGUCUCCUUUUCAAAUAAAUUAUUUAAAUCUACAGCAGCGUUGUUGGGCCACUAUAGAUAGAAAAAAAUGAAUGAAUUUACGCAAAACAUUUUAGAAACUUUACGAUGUCAAAUUUUUGGGGGGUAAAAUUUACUCUUUUUUUUUUAAAUUUUCUACAAAAAACUAAAAAAUUUUGACAAAAGAAAAUUUGAAUUUUUUUCUAGAAAUUUUCUGAGAUUAAUCUAAAAAAAGUUUGAAUUUCUUUCUAGCUAAUUUUUUGACUAUUAUAUAUCAAAAUGUUUGUUUUUUGUUGCUGAUUUCUGAAAUUAAUCUCAAAAUUACAGAUUUUUUGCAGAAACGACUUCAUUUUUUAUUUUUCUAUCUACAGUGGUUCUCAUACGCAGUCGUAUAAAUCAGAUUCAUGUCACCAUUAGUGUAUGUAAACUUCUGAGCAACCUUCUCCUCAGUACCUUCCUGAUAAGACUUUAUUAAAAGAUGGCAGAUAUUUUAAUAUUAACAUAUAGAUUUGAAAACACAGAUGCCCAUAGAUAUUUUCCAGGAGUUCCUUUUGUUUUCCAUAAAUCAGGAGGAUAUUAGAGUCAGACUGAAAUGACAGGAGUAUUAAACAAGUCUUCGUUAAUUAAAAGAGUCGACUGAGGUCUAUAAUAACAUCCUGAUGUCAUGUGAACAUGCAGAAUAAUUAAAGUGGAUAACUCAGGCUUUUAUUAGUAUCCCAGGGAAUAUAUAUAUAUAUUACAUUAUUAUGAGCUUUAAAGGAGCACUUACUCCUGGAGAAGGAAUUUCUGUAAAGUGUGUUUCUAUCUGUUUAACUUUAAAAAAAAUUAGAUUAGAGGUUAUCACCUAGGAUCAGACGGUGUGGUGCUUUGAAAGACUGUAAACUGGUUUGUUUGUACAGUGAUUGUUUGUGUUGUUUUUAAUGAAGAUUGGCCCCGUCCUGCGUGUCUUUGUUUCACGGUGGGCUCUCAUCAGCGCCAACAGGCUCGGGAGUCCUGUAGUCUCGUUGCACUGUGGCCGGCUCUGAUGGGAUUAUCGUAAAGCCACAGUGGAUUCACAGCUGACUUCUCUUCCCAGUAAUCCUGUGGAGCAGGAUUGGCCUGAAACGCGUUUGCUGGUUUGGUACGGCUUGUUGUGUGUUCUCCAGCGUGAAAACAAGGAGAACGCCUCAAAGAACUGAACUCACAUCAGUUGUUUUAAAUUAAUGUUUUAUUCAUCUUUCCGAUGCGGGCAUGCACUCCAGCAAUGGCGUAUUUGUAAGAUUUGUAAAUAAAAUGACUUGGAAAUAAAUGGAACUUUUUAUGAAUGCA